AUGGAGUUUGCUAUAUUAAUUCUGAUUACAUUUCUACACUCAUUUGUUGCCGCAGAAUCAACAAACAGUACCAAUUGCCUUGAAAGAUGUGAAUCUGACAAGAAAUAUCUGAGGCCAUAUUGUAAUACUGCAUGUUUAAAAAAUGCUAAUCCACAACAUUUUUAUUGCAAUUUAGCUUGUGAAAAACAUAGAGACAAGAGUUCCGCAACUGCAGAAUCAGUAAUUGAUAAUAUCAUAGGAACAAUUGGAUAUGAAUACUGUAUUAUUGGCUGUAAUAACUCAUCGUAUAGUAGAGAAAGAUGUGAAUAUGAUUGUGAAAGUGUUUCUGACUUCAUCUCAAAGUGUUACAGAGUUUGUCGUGGCAAACAUACCAGCCUAGAUGCACUUUGUCUUUAUAAAUGUGAAUGGCAAAAGAAAAACGGGCUUAUAUCAGAUUAUAACGCAUGUACGAAUCUGAAUGAUAAUUUAAACAAUGGACAGAUUGUAAAAUAUUCAAAAAUAAUAAAAUCAACUGAAUGGACUUUAAAUGAAACAUUAUUUUUUAACUUUUUAUUAACAGAACAAGAAUAUAAAUAUGUGACUCGAAACUGUGGUGGUCUGUGUUCUGAAGACACAGGAGCUCAAAAGUUCUAUUGUUUUCUCGCAUGUGAUCAUAAUGCCACUAAGGAAGAAGAUUUUAAAGAAUGUAUAAAAAGGUGUAAUGGUGGUGUUGAUCUUACCAAGGAAAUGUGUAUGAGUAACUGUGGGGUUGUUACCAACCACGAUGAAGUUUGUGAUAUCGUUUGCGGUGGAAAUAAUGGAGGCUUAUUUCCACUGUGUUUAUAUAAUUGCGAUCAAGCACAUCCAAAUGGAUAUGAAGGGGGCUUUGACAACUGUAAAACAAAGUGUUACGGAAUGAACGAACGGUGAAUUCCUGUAACAGAUUGCUCUUUGCUCUAUCAAGUUUCUUCAGUCGUACGCUAAAUACGAUGUUAGAAUUCAACAUUUC